CGAUGGCGCAGGCCUUCAGCACUACUGUCCUGUUCCUGGUUCGCGAUGCCUGUCGAAGCCCGCAUUCGUCGCUAUGAACCCGCCGACGACAAGCUCGUCCGCUUCCUCGUGGGCAAGGUCAACAUGGAGGGGCUCGCGACCGCCAACGUCCGAGUGUGCACCAACCCUUUGAUGAUUGCCCUCUGGAUCGGCCUCUCCGCUGUCAUGAUACAGUAUAUGGGGUGGUGGCCCCAGCAGGGCCAGGGCCUCUGGGCCUACCUUCGUCCUUUGCCCGCUUUCGCGGCUAUGGCCGUGCCUCUUAUGUUCGCCUCGGACUGGUAUAACCGACCGUCAUUUGAGGACCUGCUGUCGGAGACCAUGCGCCGCCCGGACAUGAGAGAUAUCCAGGCGUUUUACUCUCGCUCGCCCUCCUCCGCCUUCUGGCUCCUAGAGCUCGGCGAACAUGUCAUCGGCCUCAUCGCGAUCGAUGCUUCGCCCGACUCAACUUCACAGGCCGUCAUCCAGGACAGGCAGCAGACGGAGGGCGCGUUGACGGACGGCACCUCUUCGGACGCGGUCGUUCGUCAUUUCUUUGUCGAGGAACAGUACCGCAAAACGAAGAUCCAAGACGACCUCCUUGUUCAUUGUCUCAAGGAGGCUUUCUCGGCCGACCCUAACAGGCGUAUCCGCACGGUCAUCGCCGACCAGAGCGAGCUAGCGCCUUACAUCGCUCGGUCGCUCAAAGAGCAUGGUUUCCGAUCUGCUAGGGAGAAUCAUCCCUCGAGAAACCGACAUGUAGGGAUCCUAAAGUGGACAAUUUCCCCAUGUUCGCUUGACAGGCAAAGAUGGGACUCCAUGUAGCUACCGCAUAGUACAUGUUCACCAACUCCUUAAUCAUGCAAAGUAUCCUUGGAGUGUAACCCCGACGGAAGCCAGCAUUUGACCACCGCCGUCGUCUUCGUUGCAGUAUACAGACG